AUGCUUUCUUCACGCAACAUUUUUCGAGUUAUAGCACUGGCAUGUUUCGCGUCCUUAGGCCUUACCGAAAAACCUAUAAAAUCAGAAAUCACGGGAUAUGGCUUCGCGUCAAGCAGUAACACACUCUACACAGGGGCUCAAGGUAGCGAGCACUCACUUGAUGCGUAUCCCAUCGGCACCUUGAUAUACGUAGUUGGACUGCAAAAAUAUUUCUCGGUCCAAGAUUCCUGCGGCGAUUGCACUUCACAGUCCCAGCCGCACUUUGACCUCUGGAUGGGAGCGCCCAGCUACAGCGAUUUGAAGCAACUCCAAAAAUGCGCUGGUGGAAUCACAGUCACAGACCCGACUGCGGCGGUCAUCAUCAAUCCCAACAACGGAUAUGUCGUUGAUACAACGCCGCUAAUGAGCAGUACCGGGACGUGUGAUAAUGAUGCUGAUUACAGUCGCACACAGCCUGUCCUUGCCAGCGGCGGUACCACAGGAGGCGACAGUACUGGAAGAUCUGGGUCUUGCAGCUGGGAAGGUCACUGCCAAGGAGCGCCCUGCCAGACCGAUGACGACUGUAGCGAUCCAUUUUCCUGUGUCAACCAUUUAUGUACGUGA